UCACACUUCCUCACUCUCACUCACAUAGUCACAUAGGCACUCUUCAUUUCUCUCUCUGUCUGCAACAAUGUUGGUCCCCAAGACGCUGCGUUUCACUCUCUCUUUCUUAGCUCUCCAUUUCUUCCUCCUCGAAGCCGUAACGAACCCAGAUUUGAAACCACUUCUAGACUUCAAAGCUUCUUCGGACAAAGCCGGCCAGCUCACCACUUGGAACGGGACGUCGGAGCCGUGUGGCGGUUGGACUGGAGUCUCUUGUCUUCAGAACAGAGUCUCUCGACUCGUUCUGGAAAACCUCGAACUCAGCGGCUCGUUUGAGUCACUCACCUCUUUGACUAAGCUCCGUGUCUUGAGCCUUAAAAACAACCGCUUCACAGGGUCAGUCCCAGACUUGUCUAACUUCACAGCGUUGAAGCUUCUGUUUCUCUCUCACAAUGACUUUUCCGGCGAGUUUCCGGCAUCAGUUCAGUCGCUGUUUAGACUCUACCGUCUCGAUCUGUCGUAUAAUAACUUCACUGGGCAGAUUCCGUCGACGGUCAACCGUUUGACCCAUCUUUUGACUCUUCGACUUGAAGAAAACGGGUUUUCGGGUCAAAUCACGGGCUUGAAUCUCCAGAAUCUGCAAGACUUAAACGUUUCCGGUAACAAUCUCUCGGGUAAAAUUCCCGCCUCUCUAUCGAGUUUCCCUUUGUCUUCAUUCACUCAAAACGCAGCUCUCUGUGGAUCCCCAUUGCAAGCAUGCAAAACAGUAGUAUCUGACCCGACAAAACCCGGAUCCGAUGGCGCCAUAGCUUCGCCACUCAACCCAGGAAACAACCCAUCAAGUGUAGUAACCUCGUCACCAAGCUCAAUCCCCACGAACACAAACCCAAACCCAAACCCAAACACGCCACAAAACCCUCACAAAACACGUGCCAAAAUAAGCUCAAUCGCCGUAAUAGCUAUAAUUGUCGGGGACUUCUUAGUUCUGGCCAUCAUUUCUCUCUUACUUUAUUGUUACUUCUGGAGAAAUUACGUGCGUGACAGAAAGAGGUCAAAGCUUAUGGAGAGUGAGAAAAUCGUUUACUCUUCGAGCCCGUACCCGGCCCAGUCCGCGUACGAGCGUGGGAGCAUGGUGUUUUUCGAAGGAGUGAAGAGGUUUGAGCUCGAAGACUUGCUUAGAGCCUCGGCAGAAAUGCUAGGGAAAGGCGGGUUUGGGACGGCGUACAAGGCGGUGCUCGACGACGGGAGUGUGGUCGCUGUGAAGAGGUUGAAAGAUGCGAGUGUUGGUGGGAAGAGAGAGUUUGAACAACACAUGGAGGUUCUCGGGAGAUUAAGGCAUCCCAAUUUGGUUGGUUUAAAGGCUUAUUAUUUCGCAAGAGAAGAGAAAUUGCUCGUUUCUGAUUUCAUGCCCAACGGUAGCUUGUUUUGGCUCCUUCAUGGGAAUCGAGGACCGGGGCGCACGCCGCUAGACUGGACCACCAGACUGAAGAUCGCAGCGGGGGCGGCGCGUGGCCUGGCAUUCAUUCACAACACAUGCAAAUCACUCAAACUCACCCACGGUAACAUCAAGUCUACGAACAUCCUCCUGGACAGGACAGGCAACGCACGUGUCUCCGACUUUGGUCUCUCAGUCUUUGCUCCUCCGAACACUGUCCAAAGAUCCAACGGCUACCGUGCGCCCGAACUCUCAUCAUCUGACGGUCGGAAACAGUCCCAGAAAUCUGAUGUCUACUCGUUCGGGGUACUUCUGUUGGAGAUAUUGACUGGCAAGUGCCCAUCCGUGAUUGAUGGCUCCAGUGGCACCGGUGUAGGGUACGGCGGGGUGGUGGACUUGCCACGGUGGGUGCAGUCGGUGGUGAGGGAGGAGUGGACGGCGGAGGUUUUUGAUCUGGAGCUGAUGAGGUACAAGGACAUAGAGGAGGAGAUGGUGGGGUUGCUGCAAGUUGCAAUGUCUUGUACAGCGGCGUCGCCUGAUCAACGGCCGAGCAUAGGUCAAGUGGUGAAAAUGAUAGAGGAGAUACGUGGGGUGGAGGUGUCGCCGUGUCAUGAGAACUUUGACUCUGUUUCUGACUCACCUUGUUUGUCUGAGGACACGGUGGGGGGAGUGAGUCAGUGAGUGAGUUCAGUUGGUUAAUUAUUGUAAUUAAUCGGGUUUUUGUUUUGCUUUAUUUAAAUGCAUAUUAGGAUUAUUUAUCUUCCACGGA